AUGGGGCACACGGUGUCGGUGCAGCGCCACCAUGCGCACUCACAGUCAUAUAAACACAAGCCUGAACUUCCACCGCCUGUUAGUAAGCCCGACGCUUUGAAGUCCCACGUGAUGAGGCUGCUGAAACGCUCUAAGAGUCACACGCCGGCCACAAGGGCGGCGGAAAUCCAAGACGAUCCGCGCAACUUUGACAGGAGGACCGUGUUCUCCCGUCCAGUAGCGGACGAGCAACGGAGGCGCAGGAACUCCGCGGAGAGGCGUCGUAGUGCCGAUAAACGAGUGAUGGUGACCAUAGUGGACGGACUACCGGUCGUGGUGACCGGGCAGAAUCAUAUCCCACCGCCGCCGCAGCAUCCGCCACCCGUGACGCAUCAUCGACACUCGCACAGAGAUAAGGUAAGUCUUGAUAUGGAUCUACAUAUUUGCUAG